AUGCCUGGAAAAUACCAAAAGCUCGUUUCCAAACACGUCCUCGUCAUAGGUGGCUCCUCCGGAAUCGGUUACUGUGUAGCAGAAGCCUCACUCGAAAGUGGUGCAUGCGUUACAAUAUCCUCAUCCUCUCCGGAUCGGGUGUCCAAAGCAGUUGAGAAACUCAAGAAGAGUUAUCCAGAUGGGAAAAUCAGCGGGUUUCCAUGCGAUCUCUCUAAACCUACUCUCGAAGCCGACGUUGAGAAAUUGUUUGAACAGACGGGGAAAGUAGAUCAUAUCGUUUUCACGGCUGGUGAUGCACUAUCUCUUAUUCCGUUAGAGAAAGCGUCGUUAGAGGAUAUGCAGAAGGCGGGACAAGUGAGAUUUUUUGGACAAUUGAUGGUGGCGAAAGUUGGGAGUAGAUAUCUUAGUGAGGGGCCACAGGCUUCGAUAACGUUGACGACGGGGUCGACGGCCGAUAAACCAAUGAAGGGAUGGAGUAUUGUUACUAGUUUUGCGGCAGGGUUGCAUGGGAUGGCGAAGAGUUUGGCGAUUGACUUGGCGCCUGUGAGAGUUAAUGUUGUGAGUCCUGGUCCGGUGAAGACGGAGUUGUGGAAUGGAAUGGAACAGGGGGCGAGAGAGAAGCUGUUUAAAGAGGUGGAGGGUAAUGUGUUGACGAAACAUGUUGCAUUACCAGAGGAGGUUGCGGAGUCAUAUUUGUGGUUGAUGAAGGAUAGUAACGUAACUGGAACCGUUGUGAGAAGUGAUUCUGGUACGUUGCUUGCUUAG